UACCUAUAGCUCCGUCUCCCCUCCACUCUCGACCCCUGUGCCGUCCCGUGCUGUGUGGGCUGGAACGCCGGAAUCCCCGCCGCGCUUUUGACCCUCCAUGCUGCCCAGUGCCAACUCUUCAACGAACUCACUGGGGCUGCUGCUUCGUACCUACUGCUAUUCUUAGCCGGGGGGUCCCACGAAGCCAACCAGCUCGCAUCCACCCUCUCUGUGUCGGAGGUUCCGCAAAGCUGCUCACCUGACCCGACCUGCCAAGUUCAGUACCUGAGCUACCAAGCUUCCUCCCGAGACCGGCAAGGUAUCUGCCACAGUCAUUUUUGCCUCGGGUCCUGCGUCGUCCACCUUGUAUCACUCUACUCACACAUUCUAUUCCUCCAUCCUUGACUUCCGUCUCCCCCCUCCUCCAUUCUUCUUCUGCCUCACCUUCGUUCCAUACAUACAUACUUCCUUUCCAUCCCCCAUUAACCUCUCUCCAUCGUCCCGUCACAGAGCAGAACAAAACAGAGCACCAGCAAUGUCCCGCGUAACGGCCCCCGUCUCCAAGCUCGCCCGCGCCGCCGCCGGCCCGCUCCUCGACGCCUCGGCCUCGGCACACGGCGCCGGCGCCGCCCUCAUGCCAAAGUACGCAGAGCUGCUGCGCACCCGCCGGAGUAGUGAGCACGCGGAUUCCUCGCGCGGCCUCACCACCACUCACCGUCCCACGCCGCAACCCUCCAUCGCCAACCGGACCAAGCCCCUCAUGCAGACCUUCCACUCCUCUUCCUCGUUCUCGUCCUCUGCGUCCGCCGCGCACCUGGACGCCGCCUUCCUCCCCUCAAUGGCGGACCUCGCCGGCCCGUCGGCCUCCGCCUCGGGUCCGCGCGUGCCCCUCCUCCCGGACAACUACUCGGCCGCGCACGCCGCCGACGCCUCCGACGCUACCGUCCAGCUUCCCGAGGUCUCCAUCGUUGCCGCCAACCCGGAGAACGUCAUCCCCGGGACGCCCCUUUCCGAGGUCGAGGGCAUUGGGCUCGACGGCGUGGAGCUCAAGUUCGUCCACGAGGGCCGGUCCAACCGCAUCCACGAGCUCGAGAGCGAGGGGCAGAGCGGUGGCAUGCUGCGCGACCUGUGGAAAGGCAUGGUCGACGAUGUCCUCGGUCCUUCUAAACGCACCGCCUAAGCGCGGCCGGCUUUCCUCUACCGCUUGGCAUGGGGCUGACCCCUUUUGUCUUAUGGGAUUUCUGCUCGGUGGUGUUUCAUAACGAUGUAACGAUAUGGGCUGGGCGAGCCGAUCGCGGCUCGGCAUGGACGUCCCUCGUUUGGAACGUGAGCGCUUAUACUUGAUUUUAUAGCUACCUAAUAACCUGCCUGAUUCGCGCCUGUUGGCCGACAGAAGCAAACCGACCGCAGUACGGUCGACAACUAGCAUACACUGACCCCAUUGGGCCCGCGAUGCCGUGCCAUACAAAGC